AUGAACCAGACGGUGAGCGUGGAGAGCCGCUUCUUCACCUCCGACGGGCAGUACUACGGCACGAACAGGCUGCCGUUCGAGAUCAUGAGCCUGGUGGAGAUGUCGGGCUGCAACCGGGUCUGCUACGGGGACGUGGCGCAGUCCGGGGCGCCGAGCCAGCCGGACCGGUGCAUCUCCGCGGCCGGGCUGGACUCCGGGCUGAACGUCGUGGUGAAGGCCUACUGCCUCCCUGCGAGCCUGAAGACCGGCUUCCGGCCCUCCGCGACGGUGACCGACGGCUCGUUCCCCAACGCCAUCGACUACAGCGUGCCCGGAAGCUCGGCCUGGUCGGCGGCGAUCAUGCGGCUGCAGUACGUGAGCGUGAGCCUCGUCGACUCGGUGGGGCACAGCAACAUCCUGGCGGUGGCGACGGCGAGCAACGUCUCCCUGAUCAGCGACCAGCGGCAGAGCUACACGCUGCUGCAGACGAUCCCCAGCGCGCAGAAGGCCGUCCUGCUGACGGACGUCUACAGCAUCGACGAGAUGGUCACCUUCCCCGACGACGGGACGGCCGACAUCUUCGUGCGGGCGACGACCACGGCGUGGGACGCUUCGGGCACCCCCUCCACGGGCCCGGUCUGCCUCCACAUCGCGGUGGACACCAAGAAGUUCGCCACGCUGGCGGCCCUGAAGAGCUCCGCCUACACGAUCCGCCGGUGCGCCGGCUCGGUCAACGUCUUCUCGGCCGUGCAGACCCCCUACGUGACGUGCCUCGGCCCCUCCUGCUCCGGGGUGGCGCUCUUCCCGACGGAUGACGGGGCGCCCGUGAGCGUGUGCGACCGGGCGGGCGGGGUGCUGUCCUGCGUGCAGGCCGCGAGCGACGCCCACCUUGCCUCCGACCUGGGGCUCAACACGAAGCCGACGCCGCAGAUCACGCUGACGCAGGACAACCUCUUCAUCCGGCAGUCCCCCAAGCUGGCGCAGAGCUCGCUGUCGGGCUGGAACGGGGCCGGGCAGCAGAGCUCGAUGACCAUCUUCGCCGUGGCGGACCAGAAGGUGACGACGACUUGGCUGGCGGACGUGAGGCUCAACGUCGCCGCGGGGGCGUGGAAUGGGACGCGCUCGUACUCGUCGUCCUACCAGAUGCUCACGACCCUGAAGAAGAACUGCAGCGUGAGCGACUGCACGGGCUGCAUGGGCUACCCGACGCUGCAGAGCCUCUGCUACGCCGCCUCCCAGUGCGCCGUGGCGAGGUGCAUCGGCACGGAGGUCAACUUCCAGCGGCCGCUCUGCGCCAUCGGCUCCAUGGCGUCCAAGGUGAUGCGGCAGUCCCUCCUCACGCUGCAGAACGUCUACCUCAUCUUCGCGCAGAGCAUGGCGCUCAUCGUGGAUGCGUCCACGGGCCAGAUCACGAACCGGGUGGUGAUCGAGUGGCCGGACCAGGUCUUCUUCUCGGCCAUGUGCGACAUGAAGGACAUCACCGUGUCGGCCGUGGGGGUGCUGAUGUCGCUGGUGAACGGCAUCACGAUGAAGACGCAGGAGGUGCUCAGCACGGUCAGCGCGGGGCUCGUCCCGACCGACCCGAGCUUCAACGCGCGGGCGACGCUCUCGAUGGCGAGCAUGACCAACCUCUUCUCGCAGAUCCUCCUGCUCCCGCUGUACGCGGCCGUCGCCGGCCAGAAGACCUUCGUCUGCACGACCAACAGCCUCACCGCCAUCCUCAACACGGACCUGACGGGCAACUUCCAGCUCGUCAUCGGCGACCCGAGCAUCCAGGCCGUGAGCGGGGACGUGGCGGGGGUCUGCCUCACGCAGGUCUUCCAGCAGGACGUGCAGAACCAGGCGCUGGGCGGCUCGUCCAACUCGCUCAACAACGCGGUGGCGCAGGUGAGCAACCGGCUGAUCGGGGCGGGCUUCACGCUGGAGCUGGCGCCGGCCUACCACAUGGUGGACGCCAUGCUGGCCUACGCUUCCGGGGUGACGUACGGGUUCAUGGACGUCCUGCAGACCAUCGACCAGAAGCACUGCAAGCUCCCCGACGUGACGACCGAGACCAUGUACCGCUGCGCCUGCGGGGACUACGCCCACAGGAUCAGCACGGCGCGGAGGAACGAGGGGAUCAAGCAGCAGGCCUUCUGGUGCACCGGCUCGCUGCAGCUACUCGGCACCGACGGCAAGCCCUACCUCGUCUUCAACCCCUACACGCUCGAGGAGCUGGCGUCGGCCUCGCGGGUGAGCAUGAGCCAGUACCUCACCUGCGUGGGGACGGGCGGGUCCAACUGCCAGGCGCUCAAGCCCUCGCUCCCCUACCUGGAGCGGCAGGGGGUGGACCCCGGGACGGUGCUGACGCGCUGCCGCUCCAACUACGUGAACAAGGUGUGGGACUCGGGGGCGGCGUACCUGGUCAACUACCUGGCCUACUCCGACCUCGCCGGGGUGGGGUACCUGAUCAACCAGUUCUACCAGCCCUCCUUCGUCCCCUCCUCGGUGCUGACCUGCCUGGUGCAGAGCCUGGCGCUGGGGACGGGGAACGACGCCUGCCUGCUGGGCUGGCUGACGCUCAUGAACGUCUCCCGCACCAACUACUUCCGCUACGACGUGGUGGGCUUCGUCUCCGACAACGCCGACUUCGCCGACAUCGACGGGUGCGAGGUCUUCACCGGCCCCGCGCAGAACCCCGACCCCGCGGUGGCCUACGAGUUCGGCCAGUGCCUGAACAGCUCGACGGCCUCGCAGUGCCAGCUCCCCUACUACAUCUGGUCCGGGAGGACGUCCAACCGGGUGCCCGUCGCCUCUCUGCACGCGGUGAGCUACCCGCCGGGCUCCAGCACCCUGCUCGCCGCGGCGGCCAGCGACCAGCUCGCCAUCCUGCGGGAGGCCGAGGGCUUCUUCACCGACACCCUCCUCAAGUGGAGCAACCCGUCGCUGCAGGCCAGCUUCUUCUCCGUGGAGGGCGACGUCCUGCACCAGUUCUUCGACUGCUACUUCAUGGGGCCGUUCGCGUCGGCGGAGCUCUGGCCCUCGGGCGGCUCCAGGUCCCUGGGGACCAUGCUGUACUACAGGAACAGCCCCACCGACCGGACCUUCAUGGUGCCGUCCGCCAGCUGCAAGCCGGGCGUCGACGCCUGCUGCCCCCAGGAGUCGCCCUUCUCGUGCGGCGGGCCAGCGAGGAUGGCGAUCGUUCAUGGUUUCAUUGACAAGCUCCGGAGCAGCCCGGGCUCGGCCACCAACUCCAUCCUCGCCAACGCGGUGCAGGAGGGGGUCCGGGCCAAGCUCCGCGAGUUCAAGGACAUCUUCACCAACCUGGCCAACUACGCCUGCGCCUGCCCCGACGGCUCCAACCGGGUGGACUGCUGCACGGCGGCCAACCCCGGCGGGUGGUCCUCCCCGGAGAUGCAGGCCAUCGACUACUCGAUCCUCAGCAGCGAGGACGUGCUCGACACCAUCUUCGACCUCAUCCUGCAGUACAUCGACGAGGACGUCUACUUCAACCGCACCCUCUUCGGCACCUACGCCCCCGCGCUCACCUCCGCCCAGACGGCGCAGGGGAGGGACGAGGCGCUCUUCGGGCCGUUCGAGCCGGUCUCGACGUAUGGUGAGUCCGAGGUGCUGGACGCGAGGAAGAACCACUCCCUGUGGGACGUGUGCGUGAACCUCGUCUCGCAGACCUUCGCGACGCUGCCGCUGGACCCCACGCUCUCCUCCUUCGCCACGGCGUCCGGGGCGGGGACAUUCCAGUACGACCCCGUCGCCAGCCCCUCCUCGGCCCUCUUCGUCGACCAGAUCGAGGAGACGGUGAGCAACAUCCUGGGCAAGGCCAAGCUCGACUCCCCGUUCUACUGGGGCGUGGCGGGCGGCGAGCUGCGCUACAUGCCCUCGUACAGCAUGCGCUGCCGCACCCGCGGGGCGAGGGUGGCGCCGGUGACGAACAAGACGCUGGCCUCGGACAGGGGCCCGCAGAUCCCGCUGGCGUUCGGCUCCACCUACGCGGUGUCCGGGUACCUGGCCACGCUGAGCCUGCCGGCCUACGGGCCCCAGGGGCAGAACGUCUCCGCCUUCACCCAGCGGUGCUACUGCGGCUGGACCACGCCGGACGGCAGCCUGUGCCGCAUCGACCCGCUCGUGUGCGCGACGGCCAACCUCCAGUCGCUGACCACGGUGGCGGCCGGCACGAUCAAGGCGUUCCAGGCCAUCUGCACGGCCGGGAGCUACAUCACCUUCGACGACUGGGUGACGGUCUACCGGGUGAUGGACGCCACCUGGAGCAGCGCCUGGACCUGCCCGGACAUGCAGCUCUCCGACAUCUGGGGGGUCGUCAACGACCUGCAGAUCGACUACUGGGCCGCGGCCAUCUCCGACUCGAUCGCAGGGGAGGGCCUCGUCUCCGCUGGCGCCGCGCUGGGGGGGCGGGAGUACUGCGACGCCGUGCUGGACUACUGGCCGUCGGACUGGAUCCACCCCAGCGGGUACCACGUGAGCACGGGAUGCACGCACGACGAGACGGCCUUCCGCGCCUUCGACACUUGGAUGUCCGUCGACUACGAGCGCCUGCGCAACGACACCCUGCUGCGCAACUACUUCGGCGGCGCCGCUACCUGCUCGGGGGCGUCGUACGGCAUGCCCAUGUUCGGGACCAACAACGCGAGGCUGCAGGCCAGGUGGAGGGACGGGCAGACCUACGACCCCACCCAGCCGGUCGGGGCGACGGUGCCCCCGGGUGCCGGGACCUACACCCAGACGCUGGCGGCGGGGAGCUGGACGCAGGUGCCGACGCGGGGCAGGCUGGGCGACACCCCCGCGCCCAGCUCCGGCCUCCUGUACCUGUGGGUGCCGGGGAUGGCGUCGGCGGCGCUCGUCUGGCCCAUGGCCGGCCAGGACCUCACCCUGUACGAGCUGCCCGAGGGCACGGCGCCGGCGUGGGGCCCGCAGUGCGGCCAGCUGCCCCUGAAGACCUGCCUGAACGACACCGACUGCGGCUCGGUCAACGGGGCGAAGCUGGUGUGCCUGCGCUCCUGGUCCGAGUCCCAGCAGGCGCCCCGGGACGGCGUCUGCGCGAUCCAGGGGGUGGAGCCGCUGGAGUGCUACCAGAACUACCACUGCGAGGGCAAGGGGCAGGUCUGCGGGGCCAACGGGAGGUGCGUGGACGGCCGGCUUCUGAUGCGGAACAGGGUGGGCUACUCCGCCGAGUUCCACGCCCACUCGGAGCAGUGCCCUGUGGAGUCGCUGGGCUACUCCCCCUGGCAGAACGUCUCCGACUUCCUCUCCCGGCACGGCAUGUGCGGCUUCCGCGACUGGUUCGAGUACAGCGACAUGCUGCGGAGGGGGGCCAACACGUCGGCGUUCCCCGGCCAGCUGGUGGGGCUCGAUCCCAGGGCUCUGUGGUACAGCACCAGCCCCUACGUGGCCGCGUCGGAGGUGAGGAAGAGCCUCUUCGACCGCGAGAUCCUCAAGGUCCACCCCCACACCUGCGACCGGGACUACGCCUACCUCCUCCCCUCCUGCGCCACCAACCCUUCCAGCGUGCUCGGCACCGCCGGCAGCCCGGUCCCCAGCCCCUCCCAGGGCGAGACGAUGCGGACGUGGCGGAGAUCGGCGUCCGGGUCGGGCUGGGAGCUGGACAUGUGCAUGCAGGACCACCUCCCCCGCGAGAGGACGGGCUUCCUGUACCCGUACCUUAGCCUCCUGGCGGGCCUCCAGGGGGUCUGA